UGUAGGAUCACAGUUCACCAAUACGGAUACUCAAGCAGGAUAAUGCAACAUAUUCCUCUAAAUGUUGGAGGUGUGCUAUGGGACUUAUCCAACUAUCCAUACAGUCCCACCAUCUUCAAGAGCAGACAAAGCCUUACAACGCUGCCAUUCUAUAACUUUCUGCUAUGGGUCCUGCUCGGGGUUUUGACGUUUCCAUGCUGUGUCCAGUGUUUAAUCUUCAAAGUUGGGGUUCUUGGGCCCUGGAACUGCGACCCGGUCUACUCCAAGGCCCUACCUGCGCUGGCCGCUAAACUGGCCCUGGGCAGAAUAAACGAGGAUUUCAGUUUAGAUUUGGGAAGCAAAUUGGACUUCGUGAUCUUGCAAGAAGCAUGUGAAACGUCUAAAGCGUUGACCACAUUUGUGUACUACGAGAAAAUGGUGGACGGUUUCGUCGGCCCCACGAAUCCAGGAUACUGUGACGCAGCCUCACUUUUGAGCAAAAAUUGGGAUAAAGCUAUCUUUUCCUGGGCUUGUAUUAACUAUGAGUUGGAUCGAAUCAAGAGUUACCCAACCUUCGCACGGACACUGCCGUCACCCACACGGGUGUUGUUCACGGUGUUGAAGCAUUUCUGUUGGGCCAACAUCGGCAUCGUGUCUUCCAAUGAGGAUAUCUGGAUGGACACCGCGGGUAAAGUGGCCAACUCCCUGCGGAGCCAGGGACUUCCCGUUGGCAUAGUAGCGUCGGUGGGAAUGAACGAGACGGAGAUGGAAAGUACACUGAGCAGAAUCCAGGCUGCAGGGGAGAUCAAAGUGAUCAUCAUGUGCAUGCACUCUGCUCUGAUUGGUGGGGAGCAGCAGACAGCCUUCCUGCUGAAGGCCCAUGAGAUGGGUCUGACGAAGGGCCGCUACGUGUUUGUCCCCUACGACACCCUGCUCUACAGCCUGCCAUACGCCAACACAUCCUACUUCCCCCUGCAAAACAACACCAAGCUGCGGCAGGCCUACGACGCCGUGCUCACCAUCACUGUGUCCUCAGAUCUAAUGUCAUUCAAUGAGGCGUUCAACAUGGCCAAGAGGUUUGAGGAACUCACCAUAUCACUGAUCCCACAGCAGGUCAACCCCCUGUUUGGAACCAUCUACAACGGUAUUUACCUCCUUGCCAAAGCCAUGCACAAUGCCAGAAGAGCUGGUAAGUGGCUCUCUGGGACCAACCUAGCUUAUUUCACCAGGAACAUGACGUUCUCUGGCUUCAACCAGAAGAUCCAGAUAGACACUGAAGGGGAGAGCCAGACUAACUAUGUCAUCUUGGACUCCGACGGAUGGGAGGGUCAGCUGUACCGCUCCUAUAUGGUGGACUUGAGCGCUGACAUGGUCCGCUUCGCGGGCAAGUCCAUUAACUUCCCCGGGGGUUCCCCUCCUCCCUCAGACUCCAGCUGUUGGUUUGAACCAAACACAAUCUGCACUGGAGGUGUGGAGAUAACCUACGUCAUAGUGAUGUUUGUGAUCCUCUUCGUUAUGAUCGUGGGAGGACUUGGUCUAAGUCUGUUCGUAAGGAGGAGAAUCCAGCAGAUCCAGUUGGUGAAGGGGCCCAAUCGGAUCCUACUGACUCUAGAAGACCUCACAUUCAUCAACCCUCAGCUUAGCAAGAGGAAAAUCACUCUAGAGGAGCUGGGUGACUCUAAAAGUGCGAUAGACAACAACAGUAUGCAUUCAGGAGACCCGCACCACUCUGUGAACAGCAUCACUACUGCAACACAUGAGACCACAAAUGUAGCUGUCUAUGAGGGUGACUGGGUGUGGCUGAAAAAGUUUGAAGAAGGCCAUUUCAAGGAAGUCAAGCAGAGCACGACCAAGAUCUUUACAAAGAUGAAGGAUCUGCGAAAUGAGAACAUCAAUCCGUUCCUGGGGUUCUUCACAGACUGUGACAUGUUUGCUGUGGUGACGGAGCAUUGUUCCCGUGGCAGCCUGCAGGACCUCCUGAGGAACGACGACGUCAAGCUGGACUGGAUGUUCAAGUCUUCUCUGUUGCUGGAUCUAAUCAAGGGUAUGAAGUAUCUGCACCAUCGAGAGUUCCCUCACGGCCGGCUGAAGUCACGGAACUGUGUGGUGGACGGUCGCUUUGUCCUCAAGAUCACAGACUAUGGCUUUAACGAGCUGCUGGAAUCCCAGAAAUCUCCCCAAAAUCUAGUUCCACCUGAAGAUCAGUUUUGGACAGCUCCAGAGUUCCUCCGAGACGUGGAGAACACAAGGAAGGGGACCUAUAAAGGAGAUGUGUACAGUUUUGCCAUUAUACUCCAAGAGGUGGUUGUCCGAGGACUUCCGUAUUGCAUGCUGGGUCUGACUCCUGCGGAGAUCAUCCGUAAGGUGAAGAAGCCUCCUCCCAUGUGCAGGCCUACGGUGGCCCCAGAUCAGGCUCCUCUGGAGUGUAUUCAGCUGAUGAAACAGUGCUGGAGCGAACAGCCUGACCGGAGACCAGCCUUCGAUGAGAUCUUUGACCGGUUCAAGCUGAUCAACAAGGGCAAGAAGACCAACAUCAUUGACUCCAUGUUGCGGAUGCUGGAGCAGUACUCAUCUAACCUGGAAGACCUGAUCAGAGAGAGGACAGAGGAGCUAGAAGUGGAGAAACAGAGGACAGAGAAACUGCUCUCUGAGAUGCUACCUCCUUCUGUGGCAGAGGCUCUGAAGACGGGUGCGACGGUGGAGCCAGAGUAUUUUGACCAGGUUACCAUCUACUUCAGUGACAUAGUAGGCUUCACCACCAUCUCUUCCCUCAGUGAUCCCAUCGAAGUGGUGGACCUGCUCAAUGACCUGUACACGCUGUUCGACGCUGUGCUCAGCAACCACGACGUAUACAAGGUGGAGACCAUUGGUGAUGCCUACAUGGUGGCAUCAGGUCUACCCAAGAGGAAUGGCAACAAACACGCAGCGGAAAUAGCCAACAUGUCCCUGAACAUCCUGAGCUCUGUGGGCACCUUCCAGAUGCGCCACAUGCCCAGCGUGCCCGUCAGGAUACGAAUAGGGAUACACUCAGGGUCAUGUGUUGCUGGGGUGGUGGGUCUGACCAUGCCUCGGUACUGCCUUUUCGGAGACACAGUCAACACCGCCUCUCGUAUGGAAUCCACUGGGCUGCCUUAUAGAAUUCAUGUAAACAUGAGCACUGUGAAGAUCCUGCGCUCCCUCAACAAGGGCUACAAGAUAGACGUCAGGGGCAUGACAGAGCUGAAGGGUAAAGGCAUUGAAGAGACAUACUGGCUGGUUGGGAAAGAAAACUUCACAAAGCCUUUACCGAAGCCUCCAGAGAUUAAACCAGGGGAUGACAAUCAUGGACUGAACCCAGAGGAUAUAGCUGCGUACAAGAGAAAAAAUGCAGAGAAAAAAGCUUGAUUCUCUGAGUCAAAAUC